AUGCUAGGAGUAUCCCGUUUCACGCAAGUGAGGGACGGGAUUCGAAGUUCUCUCCUACGUCAGCGAUCGAAGAUUAGAGACGUCGCCGCGUUUGCCAAGGAAAGUAAAAUAAGGUGGGCCGGACACGUGAUGCGCUUUAAUGACAACCGUUGGACCAGAGCCGUGAGCGACUGGGUUCCCCGCGAUAUUAAGCGCACUACAGGAAGACCGCCGACCCGAUGGUCAGAUUUCUUCACGAAGUCCUUGAAAGAAAAAUAUGAUGCUCUUCGUGUCCCACGCGAAAGGAGGAACCACUGGGCUACUCUGGCACGCGAUCGGGACAAAUGGAAGAAUUACUGGCGCCCGCUCGACCAGUUCGAAGAUCAACGGGAGUCAAGGUGA